AUGACAGUACUUGGAUUUGAGAAUAAAUCUGGUCAACCAGGCAACUUCCCUAUACCCGAAAACCUAUCGAAUCAGAGUAAACUUGCAUCGAAUCAGAGUAAACUUGCAAAACAGCAGUACUUACACAAAGCAUCAGCACAGAUUAUUGACAAGCUGGUUUUCACAAACGAUUCUAUAGAAAAGGCACUUGCAGAAG